AUGUUUGCUAUUUCCAAUGUAUUUCUCAAAAAUGUGUCUAAAUCAGGAGCUUACAGACAAAAAUUAGCGUCAAAAAAGCAAAUAUUUGCCAGAUCUCAGAGAUUCUUCUCAUUCAACAUGGGUUUAGAAGACUGUUAUAAAAUCCUAAAUGUAUCAGUUGACUCUGACAAGCAAGAAAUUCAGAAGAGUUAUUUCAAACUUGCAAAGAGAUACCAUCCUGAUGUGAACAAGACAGAAGAAGCUCAAGAAAUAUUUGGAAGGAUCAAAACAGCCUAUGAGACCCUCAUCGAGGAACGCAAGAAGGAGUAUUCUGAGAGGAUCAAAAAUUUAAAGAAUGCUAAAGAAAAGUUCUACAAAAAGAGAGGAUACUAUGAGACAGCAAAGGCAGAAUUUGACGCUAAGAAGGCCAAGCGAGAGGAAGAAGAGAACAACACGAUUAGUGUCACUCAGAAACUAACCUUCGAAGAAGCAGUGUUUGGAUGCAAGAAAGUCAUCACUUUUGAUAGAAAGCAGAGAUGAAGGACCUGUAAAGGCACCAAAAUUGCAAGAGGAGGGAAAUACGUCAAAUGCAAUGAGUGUCAUGGCGAAGGCAUGAAGACAAUCAUCCUUGGUGAAGAGGAAGGACUUGGAGAUAGCUACAGAUUUGAAUUUGAAUGAGACCAUUGUGAAGGAGAAGGAUAUACUAUUAAUAAACUCUGCAAACCUUGUAAGGGAACAGGACAUACCUCUAGUAAAACCCAAGAAGAGAUUACAAUUCCUCCAGGAGUGGAAUCCAAUACUGUGAUAAAGAUCAAGAAUUUGGGCCAUUACAUCAUGAUGAAAGGAUCUGGUGAACUCUGGAUCACACUAGAGGUAGAGGAUCACCCAGUUUUUACAAGGGACGGAGUCGAUAUCCACUCUGACUUAAAAGUCAACAUAUUCCAGGCAGCACUUGGAGACAGAAUAGACGUAGAAGUACUUCGAGGAAAGUUCAGAGUUCAAAUCCCAAGAGGUACAAAUCAAGGUGAUGUACUUAGCCUCGAGAAUCUUGGAAUUCAGAACCCUUAUAAACUUGGGCCUAUGAAAGGAAAUCAUUACUUAAAAAUAUUCCUUGAAGUUCCUGAGAUUGAGGAUGAGUCAAUUAAAUCCCUGCUGGAACAGUAUCAAGAAUAA